UACAACGACAGCUGCUCACAUGCAAAGCAGGAGUGAUCUAUAAUUAUCUAUAACGCAACGAGGAAGUUACCUUAAAGGGACUCUUACAAAAGCGCGAACAACAACGAUCGCUCUUAUUUUGUUCCGUCGACACUGAAGACGACAUGGAAAAUACUUUACUUUCUGAAAUUGUUCUUGCUACAGUUUUUAGUCUUAUUGUCCUGGUUGGCAUUCUCGGUAACACGAUAGUCUGUAUCGUGAUCAUGAGGAAACGCUUCAGGAUUCAAUUCACCCACGGCAAAACGGCAAUGGACUACCUGUUGGUCAACUUAGCAGUCUCAGACAUUCUAUCUGCAGUGUUUGUAAUACCACGUUAUAUUGUAAUCCAUGCAUACCGGCACCCACGGGAUCUACCGGGGGAUAUCCUAUGCCGGGUUGUUACCGGAGGGUCGUUGAUUUGGGUCGGUGGCGCCGCGUCGGUUUUUACCUUGUUGGUAAUCGCCGUUGAUCGUUAUCACGCGGUAGUUCAACCCCAUAGCCUUCGACAUCGUAUUGCGUUAAAACGAAUUCCCUGUGUGGUUAUUUCAUGCUGGAUUACAUCACUUGUUCUCUGUAUACCUCUAUUCUUCGUUAUGACAUACGACAAGAAGCAGGACUUUUGCACCGAAUCCUGGCCUGACACUCUACUCCCUAAGGCUUAUGGGAUCGUUUGGCUGCUAUACGGGGGAUUACCCAUACCUAUCAUGGGGUACUUUUACUUCAAGAUUAUACAAGUGUUAUGGUUCGAGCGUCAAGCUGUAAUCAAAACUCAACAGCAAGCUAAAUCCUCGAUGGUUUUAUUAACACGACGAAAGGCUUGUAAACUGUCAAUUACCGUAACUGUUGCUUAUUCAAUAUGCUGGCUACCUAUCCUAGUGCUUUAUAUAUUAGCAACUAUUACACCACCCAGAAUAGAGUAUGGCUCUCCAGAGUAUAAAAUCUCUGUAGCUAUGGCCUGUCUGAACAGCAGCGUCAAUCCCUUUGUCUACGCGUUACAAAGUCAGAGGUUUCGUAGAUGUGUCAAAGGAUUGCUUCGAUGUCAACAACAAAUGAGUUGAUUAUGAUGAUCAGAGAAACACAUGCGAUCACGAUAUUACAUGAACUUUAUCGCAUGUUUAUAACCGAGUAAAACCUGCCGAAAAAGUGGCGUAAUCGAAGUUUAAUUAAACAGGAAAGCCAUCUUCAUCGAUUCUCCGUAAUUGCAGUACAAAUAUGGCAUCGCAUGAUUGUCAAAAGGUUAUAUUAACAGGUUACGUCAAAUAAACAUCAGGGGUUAAAAGACAUGUACACGCCAUAACUUUGCCCGGACUAUAAGGGGCACGUCCUCAUAGGAAAAUCAUGUGACUAACUUGCUAUAUCUUGCUUUUGAAGGUAACGCGGGUAUAAUUGCACGAAGUACAUGCGGCGAAAAUGUUAAGAAUCCUUACUUCCGGAAUAUAGACAGUUUAAAAAUAUAUUUGUCAAAAUUUUUGUUCCUUAUUCACGGCCUCUGUGAUUGUACUAAGAAUUACUUUGUAAUAAUAUAUCAAAAAAUUAGAAGRACUGAUAACAAUUAUUUAUAUUAUUUAUAUUUGUAAUAAUAAAAACCGAUACAAAUUAUCAAAACUGUGAUAGAUACAACUGGAAAAUUGCUCUGUUUUGUCAAUGUUGUAGUGAACGAUUGCGUCACGAAUUCGGAGCAUUUCCGAGUUGUUAGUGGUACAAAAGGGUGGCUAAUA